CCCUCGAAUAUUCUCUCUCUCCGUUAUAUCCCCAUCUCUCCCUCGCCUGCUUCCUUCCUCCUACCCCCAUCACUCAUUCUCCCACGUUUUGCCGCACUUUCUCUACAACCAAACACCUCUUUCAGUAACUGAAUCAGAUCAGUUCUACAUAUUAGUGAUAACAAUGAAAUUCGGGAAGAGCCUUAGCAACCAGAUCGAGGAGACCUUGCCGGAAUGGCGCGACAAAUUUCUCUCUUACAAGGAACUCAAGAAGAAAUUGAAGCUUAUUGAGCCGAAGUCAGGUGAGAGGCCGAAUAAGCGGCCGAGAUUGGAGGCUGAGGCUUGUGACUCUGCGGAAGCUGGUGAUAGGGACAAGAUCGUCGUCGGCGAUGGCAUAUCGAGAGAGGAGAUGGAUUUCAUUCGGCUCUUGGAGGACGAGCUUGAGAAAUUCAACGCAUUCUUUGUUGAGAAGGAGGAGGAGUAUAUCAUCAGAUUGAAGGAAUUGCAAGAUAGGGUGGCAAAGGCAAAGGAAUCAAACGAAGAGAUGAUAAAAAUUAGGAAGGAGAUAGUGGAUUUCCACGGAGAGAUGGUUUUGUUGGAGAACUAUAGCGCCCUUAACUAUACAGGAUUGGUAAAAAUUCUCAAGAAGUAUGACAAAAGGACUGGUGCUUUGAUUCGCUCGCCAUUCAUCCAAAAAGUCUUGCAACAGCCCUUCUUCACAACUGACUUGCUCUAUAAGCUCGUCAAGGAGUGUGAGACAUUGCUGGACUGCCUCUUCCCAACAAAGGAGAAGCAUGAUUCGAAUGAUGCAGAUGAUGGUGAUGAAGGGUGUGCCCCUACAACGUCCUGUAGCACCAAGAAUGAAGAUAGGCUCAGAAUGCCCAAGGAACUUGCAGAGAUCGAGUACAUGGAAAGCCUAUACAUGAAAAGCACUAUAUCAGCAUUGCGAGUUUUGAAGGAAAUUAGAAGCGGAAGCUCUACCGUUAGUGUUUUCUCAUUACCUCCACUGCAGAUGAGUGGAUUAGAUGAGACUUGGAAAAAGAUUCCUAUUCUUGAACAGGUAGCCAAAUAGCCGAAUUUUGUGAGGGGAAAAUGGGCUGGUAUUCUCCUUUGUUGUCACCAUGUUACCUUUUUUUUUUUUGUUUUCCAAUCUUUUUUACAUUUCAUGAAUCAAUAAUUCAUGUCUUGGAUACUAACACUGAUGUAAACUCCAUAUUUAAGUAAUGACAAAUUGAUAUGAGAAUAGAUUCUGUUUAUUAGA